CACCCCCGGAAAGAAAGCAGUUUUUCCGCCUAGAUUUCAGCAUUUUUCCCAGGUAAACCCCCCGUCCCGGCGCACCGGACCAACCGGACCGGACCGACGUCAAUCGUCAGGCCAUCGCCCGGCCGGCGCGCAAGUACCAGCGAAGUGGCAGUUGGUUCGCCGUGGCACCCGCACAUUAACGCGCGCCACCCACCGCCACCUACUCGCCUCACUCACCGGUUAACCCCCUCCCUUUCUUUCUUUGGACUAUACUUAGACCUCAUCACUGCCACUCUCCACCGGAGCCGAUCCUCGCCCGCACCCCGGAGGAGGAGCUAAUGCGCGCCGUGCCGCCGCCGCGAUGACCCCCGCCAGCCGAUCCCUCGCCCCGCUGGCGCUGCUGGCUCUGGCAGUGCUGCUGCAUUGGGCCGCGCCGCAGGCGCUGGUGGAGGCGGCGACUGCGGCGGAGCGGCGGAUCCUGCUGGACUUCAAGGCGGCCAUCACCGCGGACCCGGACGGCGCGCUCGCGUCCUGGAAGCCCUCGGGCGACCCGUGCGCGGACUUCGCGGGGGUGUCCUGCGACCCGGCCACGGGCGCCGUGCAGCGCCUGCGCCUCCACGGCACGGGACUGGCGGGCACCCUCGCCCCGUCGCUGGCGCGCCUGCCCGCGCUCGAGUCCGUCUCGCUCUUCGGGAACGCGCUCUCCGGCGGGAUCCCGCCGGGCUACGCGUCCCUGGCGCCCACGCUGCACAAGCUCAACCUCAGCCGCAACGCGCUGUCGGGCGAGAUCCCGGCCUUCCUCGGCGCCUUCCCCUGGCUCCGCCUGCUCGACCUCUCCUACAACGCCUUCUCCGGCGAGAUCCCGCCGGGGCUCUUCGACCCCUGCCCCCGCCUCCGCUACGUCUCGCUCGCGCACAACUCGCUCCGGGGCGCCGUCCCGCCCGGCAUCGCCAACUGCUCGCGACUCGCCGGCUUCGACCUCUCCUACAACCGCCUCUCCGGCGAGCUCCCCGACCAGCUCUGCGCGCCGCCGGAGAUGAACUACAUCUCCGUCCGGAGCAACGACCUCUCCGGCGGCAUCGACGGCAAGCUCGACGCCUGCCGCAGCAUCGACCUGUUCGACGUCGGGAGCAACCGCUUCUCCGGCGCCGCGCCCUUCGGCCUCCUCGGCCUCGCCAACAUCACCUACUUCAACGUCUCCUCCAACGCCUUCGACGGCGAAAUCCCCAACAUUGCCACCUGCGGCAGCAAGUUUUUAUACUUCGACGCCUCUGGCAACCGGCUCGCCGGCCCGGUUCCGGAGAGCGUGGUGAAUUGCCGCAACCUGAGGGUGUUGGAUUUGGGGGCGAAUGCUCUUGCCGGAGACAUACCGCCAGUUAUCGGGACACUGCGGUCGCUUUCCGUGCUCAGGCUCGCCGGCAACACAGGCAUUACCGGUUCAAUUCCUGCCGAGCUUGGAGGAAUUGAGAUGCUUGUCACACUCGACCUUGCCGGCCUUAUGCUCACCGGAGACAUUCCGGUGUCCCUCAGCAAAUGCCAGUUCCUGCUCGAGCUGAAUUUGUCUGGCAACAAAUUGCAGGGAGUGAUCCCGGACACGCUCAACAACCUGACUUACCUCAGGAUGCUUGAUCUUCACAAGAACCAGCUCGACGGGGGCAUUCCGGUGUCGCUUGCUCAGCUCACCAACCUUGAUCUGCUAGACCUCUCGGAGAAUGGACUGACUGGGCCAAUCCCCUCAGAACUUGGGAACCUCUCUAAGCUGACACAUUUCAACGUGUCCUUCAACCGUCUUUCCGGCAUCAUACCUUCUGCUCCGGUCUUGCAGAAUUUCGGCAGCAGGGCCUUCAUGGGAAACCCAUUACUAUGUGGACCGCCAUUGAACAAUCUGUGUGGUGGACAGCGAGCAAGACGAUUGUCUGUCGCUAUCAUAAUCGUCAUUGUCGCUGCAGCGCUUAUACUUAUUGGGGUCUGCAUUGUUUGUGCUAUGAACAUUAGGGCCUAUACAAGGAGGAGUAAGGAGGAGCAGGAAGGGAAGGAGGACGAAGAGGUGCUCGUCUCCGAGAGCAUAUCCGUCGGAUCUCCAGGCCAAAAUGCCAUCAUUGGAAAGUUGGUGCUCUUCACCAAGAGCUUGCCUUCAAGGUAUGAAGAUUGGGAGGAAGGAACUAAGGCAUUGGUUGAUAAAGACUGCCUUGUUGGUGGAGGGUCAGUUGGCACGGUGUACAAGGCCACCUUUGAGAAUGGGUUGUCCAUUGCCGUGAAGAAACUGGAGACACUCGGAAGUUUGACAACCCAGGAUGAGUUUGAGCAUGAGAUGGGGCAGCUUGGUAACCUCAAUCACCCCAAUCUGGUCACAUUCCAGGGUUACUACUGGUCGUCCUCGAUGCAGUUGAUCCUGUCGGAGUUUGUGACCAAAGGGAGCUUGUAUGACCACCUCCAUGGGAACCGUCGUCGUGCGUUUUCCCGAAGUAGUAGCGGAGGUGAGCUCUCCUGGGAUCGGAGGUUCAAGAUUGCGCUUGGAACGGCGCGUGCACUCGCAUAUCUUCACCAUGACUGCCGACCACAAGUCUUGCAUCUCAACAUCAAGUCUUCAAACAUAAUGAUAGAUGAAGAAUAUGAAGCCAAGCUGUCUGACUAUGGAUUUAGAAAGCUGUUACCUAUUCUAGGUAGCUUUGAAGUGAGCAGAUCUUAUGCUGCCAUCGGGUACAUUGCCCCGGAGCUAGCAUCCCCGAGCUUGAGAUACAGCGAUAAGAGCGAUGUAUUUAGCUUUGGGGUGGUGUUGCUUGAGAUCGUGACAGGGCGGAAGCCAGUGGAGAGCCCUGGGGCUGCUAUACAUGUGAUUUUGCGCGACUAUGUCAGGGAGAUACUGGAGGAUGGUACUAAAUCGGACUGCUUCGAUCGGAGCCUGAGGGGAUUCAUUGAAGCCGAGUUGGUCCAAGUGCUCAAACUAGGCCUGGUAUGCACUUCCAACACACCAUCAAGCCGACCAAGCAUGGCGGAGGUGGUGCAGUUCUUGGAAUCUGUUAGGACUAAUUCUUGAUGUUCUGCUACCUGGAACAUAGUAGCAGAAUAGGAUGUUAAAACAGGAAAAGGGUUUUCUGAUUUUUUUAACAGAUGAAGAUCACAUUUCUUCUUUAAUUCUUUAUUAUUAUUGUGGCCCCAGUCCUUUUGUAAAUGUGUUUAGAUUUGUCUGCUCAUUAUUUAUAGUUUUUUUAGAAUUGCUUGCUGAAUAAAUGGCUAUUUUGGUUGAA